AUGAACGACGUACCUAUCGCAUACCAUCCGUAUCGUCUGUCAUACCCUGAGAAACUUAAAGUUCGGGAGAUUUGUCAGGAUCUGUUAGAUAAAAAGAUCAUCCGAGAGUCUGAUUCUGAGUAUGCAAGCCCUAUCAUUUUGGUCAAAAAGAAAGACGGUUCAGAUCGAAUGUGCGUUGACUUUCGAGCACUGAACCGAAUCACUGUCAAGGAUAGGUAUCCUCUACCAUUGAUCGAUGACCACAUUGAUCGGCUUGGGUGCUCUAGAUUCUUCUCAUCAUUAGAUAUGGCAUCAGGGUUCCAUCAGAUCCCAAUCGACGAGAGUUCAAUCCACAAAACUGGUUUUGUUACUCCCGAGGCUCAUUAUGAGUAUCUUAAAAUGCCGUAUGGAUUAUGUAAUUCUCCCACAGUUUACCAGCGCAUUAUUAAUAACACUUUACGUAAAUUUAUAGAGGCUGGUAAUGUGCUGGUGUACAUUGACGACGUUCUUAUUGUAAGCAUGUCUAUUGACGAUGGUAUUUCUCUAUUACGUGAUGUUUUGAAGACUUUGACAGAAGCUGGAUUCUCUGUCAAUUUGCGAAAGUGUUGUUUCCUCACCACUAAAAUAGAGUACUUGGGCCGUGUUAUCAGUCAUGGUCAGGUUAGGCCGAGUCUGCAUAAAAUUGAAGCGUUGGUUAAUUCACCUACUCCAACUAACGUCAAGCAGGUACGUCAAUUUUUAGGUUUAGCUGGAUACUUCCGGCGUUAUAUUGAAGGCUACGCGACAAAAACCGCAUGUAUAUCGCGUCUCACUAAGAAAGACGUCAAAUUUGAAUGGGGACCCGAACAAGAUCAAGUCCGACGAGAGCUCUUAAAGCAAUUAACCAGCGAGCCUAUACUUGCGAUUUUUGACCCGUGCCUUCCCACUGAACUACACACCGACGCUAGCAGUGCAGGAUAUGGUGCCGUGCUCAUGCAGGCCCACACGGAUGGUAAUAAACGAGUAGUAGCCUAUUUUAGUAGGGUUACCCAGGGUGCGGAGCCCAAGUACCAUUCAUAUGAAUUAGAAACGUUGGCGGUCGUCAAGGCUCUGCAACAUUUUCGGCAUUACCUGGUUGGUAUAAGUUUUAAGAUAAUCACCGAUUGCAAUGCCUUGAAGGCCACCGAACGUAAGAAGGAUCUUCUUCCGCGAGUUGCACGCUGGUGGAUUUACAUGCAGGACUUUAAUUUUGAAAUUCAAUAUCGUAAAGGUACUAUGAUGGGUCAUGCGGAUUACUUGAGUAGGAAUCCACCAGCGUUGCAAGUCAAUAACAUAGAACGGCCCUUGAACUGGGCGCAAAUGGCCCAAUCAGCCGACUCCGAGACCGCCGAUCUCAUACGUAAGCUCGGAGAAGGUAAUUUAGAUCCAAGACGAUACGUAUGUCAAAACGAUGUGCUCUAUUAUCGUUAUUCACCCGUUGGUGAGGAGCCGCGUUUACUUUGUUAUGUACCCAAGGGUCACAGGCUUAGCUUACUGAGGGUAUUCCAUGACGAACAUGAGCAUAUCGGGGUUGACAAGACUUAUGACCUAAUUUUAAAACACUUUUGGUUUCCCGGUUUAAAGCAAUUUGUUCGUAAAUAUACGUCCCAUUGUUUGGUUUGCAUUUCUAAGAAACGCGUCCCCAGAGCCCCACAUCAACCCAUUACAUCAUGGGAAAAGUCGGAUGUUCCGUUUAAUACCAUUCAUGUUGAUACGUUGGGUCCGUUGCCCGAGUCUAAUGGAUACAAGUUUGUGCUAAUUGUGGUUGACUCAUUUACUAAAUUUUGUUUACUGUAUCCUAUGUAUAGGCAGGACACAAAUGAAUUAAAACGAGUUUUCGAUAGAGCAAUUUCUUUAUUUGGUACGCCUAAGCUCAUAGUGUGCGACCGUGGUCGAAUGUUUGAAGCGUCAGCCUUCACCAGUUGGGUGUCUGAAAUGGGCUGUGAUAUCCAUUACGUAACGCCCGGAAUGCAUCAUUCAAACGGGCAAGCCGAGCGUUAUGUAAGAACCGUUCUUAAUUUGCUUCGAAUAGAGAGUAACAAUAAAGCUUCAACUUGGUCUAAUGCUUUGGGUAAGAUUCAGUUAGUUUUAAAUGUAACUAAACAAAAAACCACACAAUAUUCUGCUUUGUAUUUGUUAAUCGGUACUCAUGCAGCCACUCCUGUCAUCCGUGCACUGGUCCGCGAUGUUGCCAUCGAUAGCUCAAGCCCCAAUCGUGAAGCCUUGAGGGAACUCAGCAGAAGCUCUGCCAAGGCAUCGCUCGAUAGAAAUCGAGACAGACAAGAUGCUCGGGUAAAUCGUCGAAGACACCCGCCCAAGCGAUUCCAGGUCAACGAUCAAGUAUUCGUAAUCAAAUAUACACAGUCAACUGGGAAACUUGAUCCCGGUAUGAGAGGACCUUACCGUGUUAUCAAGGUGUUACCUAGUGACCGCUACGAGCUGAGGUUACUAAGCGGAUCCAGGGGCAAGAAAACUCAGGCCGCAUCUCAGUAUAUGAUCCCUUGGAAAGGCGAAUGGUGUCCUGAGAGUUGUGCCGCAUUUUUCGAAAGUAAGUUUCAACCCUGUUACUAA